AUGAGCGAUAAAAGUCGAGGAAAAGGGGUUCAUAGGGCUGACUUCCGAAGAGUUGCAGAUAAAGUGAAACCAGGGGAAUAUGUUCUCCUUGGGAAAUUGAAGCUUCUGGGGGUUCAAGAUGAACUUUUUAUCCGUGGGGAGAAAGUUGGUCAGAUGGUUCAAAAUCCUUCUGUGACACGACCCAAACAAAAAGAUAUUGUGGAGAUCUCUCAUGCAUGA